CGUGUCACUCGACGAGAGGUUCCUCUACACAUUGGGAGAUGUCCGUCGCGUGCACUGGCAUCCGAAUUCACUGUCACACGUUCUCGUGCUGGUCUCUGAUAAUACUAUCAGACUGUAUAACAUAGCUCUCCGUUCGGGCCCGAAGCUCGUCAAGGUGUACACGAUCGGCCCGAAGCCGUCCAGCCUGCUCGCCGGGAAGACGAUCCUGGACAGCCUCGGAGACACUGCGGUGGACUUCACCCCCACACCGGAUGGGGACCAGCUGCUCAUCCAGGGAGAUGGCGAGGUUUACAUGCUGUCGUGUGAUUUGGAGAGUAAAAGCCCGCCCCACCCGAAGCUGACCGGGCCGAUCGCGAUCUACCCCCCAGCGGACGACAACUACGGCUCGGAGUCGUGCUCGAUCCUCGCGCUGGGCGGGGGGGACGUGCCGCCCAUGGUCAUCAUAGCCACCUGCACCGCGUCCAUAUACCACUGUCUGCUGCUGCCGAAUAGUAACGAAUCCGAAGCGGCAAACGGCGACAGCCACGCCCUGUACGUGGUGGAGACCGUCGAACUGAACAUCGUACUGAACUCGGAGGACGACGCGCUACAAUACUCUUAUCCAGUGCAGCUGAUCCAGUGCGCGGGCGGCGCGUACGCGGCGCUGCACGCGGGCGGCGCGCACGCCGUGUCGCUGCCGGCGCUGGCCAGCCUCGCGCACUACGCGCGCGGGGACGGUGCGUACACUCACACUGGACUCUACACAUAUAUAUAUUGUAUCCCCUAGUGCCCGGCGGCGCGUACGCGGCGCUGCACGCGGGCGGCGCGCACGCCGUGUCGCUGCCGGCGCUGGCCAGCCUCGCGCACUACGCGCGCGGGGACGGUGCGUACACUCACACUGGACUCUACACAUAUAUAUAUUGUAUCCCCUAGUGCCCGGCGGCGCGUACGCGGCGCUGCACGCGGGCGGCGCGCACGCCGUGUCGCUGCCGGCGCUGGCCAGCCUCGCGCACUACGCGCGCGGGGACGGUGCGUACACUCACACUGGACUCUACACAUAUAUAUAUUGUAUCCCCUAGUGCCCGGCGGCGCGUACGCGGCGCUGCACGCGGGCGGCGCGCAC